AUGACAUCAAAGGUUUCCCCACUUCGGAAAGAAGGAAAAAAUAAUCAAGAAAAACACACCAGCAAACAGGACAACGGGGGAGAUAUUCCACCAGCAUAUUCCCCUGAUAUUCAAAUAAAUAAUGGAGAAAAGGGCAUUGAUAUAUUUAUCAACUUUUUGAAUGCCAUGAAUACUGUCUAUGGCCCAUUGGCAGAAAAAGGAAAAAUAGUGGAAACAAUUGUGUUACAAGCUCUGGUCAGCAUCUUGUUAACUGAGAAUCUCACACCUCCUGCCAGCAAAAUCCAGCCACCCAUAACCCCAGACCUGGAAACACGGUUGCUGAAUAUUGUUUUAAGACGUCUCAUAGGAAAUGGACCUGAACGGCAACUAGAAAUCUGUGAUAAGACCCUAUAUAGACAAGCUUCCAUGGCUUUUGCAGCAAUGCUUAAGGGCUUGUUGGCUGAGGCACCAACAAUAGAGCAUCUCCAUAACAUCCUGGGGUAUUUCACAAAGUACAUAACAUCCAACAAUCGUCUAGAAAAAGUCCAGGCUAUCAAGGCCACCAAUUAUCUACUUAUGGAAGCUUAUCAUAACCUUGGUCUUCAUUAUGAUGCUUAUGAAAUGAGAGAAUAUUUGGGGAAAAUCUGGCACUGUCCGAAUAAAGACAAACAAUGAUAAAUUUUCUUUCCUCCUUA